AUACGGAAGCAAUGUUUACAUAAGUCGCACGUAUACACAGUAAUAUUGUGUGACCGCGCCCGUUAUCUAUGAACAAGAAUUCGUUAUUGUGAAAUACGAUUUGUAUUUACCCCACAUAUUCAUUAUUCGUUUCAAGAACCCUGUACAUCUUUUCACACAACCGAGAUGGCGUAUCCUUACGGACAGGGCCCCCCAGGGGGAUACGGUGCCCCACAAUAUCAGCAACAGCAGCCGCCACAACAGCAACGACCUGGCGGGUACCAAGCCCCAGGGCAGCCAGGAUAUGGGGGUGGGGCUCAGCCUCCAGGAGGCUAUGGAGCCCCAGGACAGCCCGCAUACGGGGGUGGUGCACCUGCAGGUUUUGGUGCUCCCCCCGGCAUGGACCCCCAGGUGCACCAGUGGUUCUUGUCAGUUGACCGAGAUAGGUCAGGCAAGAUCACCGCACUGGAACUGCAGCAAGCCCUCAUGAAUGGCAACUGGAGCCAGUUCAACCCAGAAACAUGUCGGCUCAUGAUAAGCAUGUUCGACCGUGAUAUGAGCGGAACCAUUGACAUGAAUGAAUUCAGUGCCUUGUGGAACUACAUCCAGCAGUGGAGAUCGGUCUUUGAAAGAUUUGAUGGUAAUCGCUCAGGAGCUAUUGAAGCCCAGGAACUUCACAGUGCAUUCAGUCAGAUGGGGUAUAAUUUGACUAUGAACUUCGUCAACAUGAUCGUCUACAGAUUUGAUAUUCAGGCACGAAGGCAGCUGACCCUUGAUAACUUCAUCCAAGCUUGUGUGAUGCUGAAGUCACUGACCGACGCCUUCAAGCAGCGAGACACAGCCAUGAGUGGAACCAUUAACCUUAGUUAUGAAGACUUCAUGUCCUUGGCUGUCUUGAAUAAACCCUAGUUACUAAAACAAUCUUUUAAGCUUAGAGUCAAUCAUGCCAAAGAUAAAAUACAGUUGGUAGUUUUGUGGACAAAGACAAACAACAGUCAGUGUAAUUCGGUAAGAUAAUUGCUUUUUUGAUUGCCUUAAGCUCUGACAUUUCAGUAGGCCGGAGUGUACAUGAAGUAACCAUUUAGUCUCUUGCUAAUGCAAGUACUACUCCCAUCAAUCCAUUAAUCCUUUGCUCCUGAUGCAGGAGUUGCUUCAAAUCAAAUUAAACCAUUUUUUUACUGGAUGUUACAGUUGCUUGAAAGGCUGCUUAAAUUAGUUGUGCAAAAACAAAACCCACCAGGGAAAGCCCUCUCAGUUCCUACAAUGAGGAGAAAAUAACUCACUCUCGGGAUGCUGAGCUCAUACAAUGAUCUGACCUGUCAAUCUGUUGACAGGAUGACACACAAAUCUCAUUAGUUGAGGCGUAAUCGGAUGGCAAUGUAUCUUGCCAUGCAAACACCCAACCUCGUUGGCCACUUGACAAGGACAUAAGGUGUAACCAGUGCGACACUCACCAUUACGGGUAGAAAUAUCCAACAAGGGAUACGUCUUUGGUUUCAAAUCCUUCCUGCCAUUUUGUCUUUGGUGAUGGCGCACAUCUUUAUAGAAAAUUACUGUAGAAUGUUUGCAAUCUUUGUUUUCAGUCCUGUGCAACACGCACAAAUUAGUCCUGCACUUUCUAUUCAAGAUUCAGGUGAUUGAUUUCAGAACUAUUACUAAUUAUGACCUACCGAGGGCAGUUGUGUAGCCUAGUGGUUAAAGUGUUCGCUCGUCACGCCGAAGACCCAGGAUCGAAUCCCGACAUGGGUACAAUGUGUGAAGCCCAUUUCUGGUGUCCCCAAUCAUGAUAUUGCUGGAAUACUCACUCACUCAAGACAUUCUAGGAAACCCAUUCAGUUCAAAUAACUAUGGCUACUAUGCUUGUCGUAAGAGGCGACUAACUGGAUCGGGUGGUCAGGCUUGCUGACUUAGUUGAUGCAUGUCAUUAAUCCCAGUUGUGUGGAUCUAUGCACAUGUUGUCCAUCACUGGAUUGUCUGGUCCAGACUCGAUUACUUACAGACCGCCGUCAUAUAGCUUGAAUAUUGCUGAGUGCGGCGUUAAACAACAAACAAAGAAACAAAAUCAAACAACUAUGAGGCUGCCCACACACGGUUAUCAAAAUGCAGUCACAGAAACCUUUCUUUUCAUGUGGUCAGUGUUAGGACUGUUGAAACCCUGGUGUCCUCUCUUGCAAAGCUGCCACCUUGAAUAUUAAAAUAUUGCUCUUCACUGGGGCUGAUGUGUAUAUAAACUGUGAUUGUAUUCAUCAGCGUUAAUAUUUAUGUCACCCCCGUUUCUGAUAGUGGUAAAAUUAAAUACCUUUCUCAUCAAACAGUGUUUUUUAACUUUGAUUGAAACUUUGUAUGGAUUAAGAUAUAUUGCCAUGUAUGGGUAGGGCUUGGAGGGUUUCAAACUUAUUACAGGGCAACAAGGCUGGGGCAGAUUGACAGUCUUGGUACUUCAAACAACACUAUUCUAACUCAGAAUUUACGAUUUCUAUCCAUCGAACAGUUAAUGUCCCAUAAUAACAUAAAGCAAGUUCUGUUUCACACAGCGCACUAGGUACUUCAACAUUUAGAUGUGGACAUAGCAGCUCUUUUAGCUUACGCAUGUAUGCUUCUGUUGCCUCUGAGGUGUUGGCUGUCUUGACAUGAUUGACAUUAUCGCUCAACUCUUGUUUAAUAUGGAGUAUAUACAUUUGUUAAUUUCUUUAUAUUUUAGUCACUUCAAUAACUACAAUAAAUGUCUUUGAUCAAUAAAAUAAUUUUCAAUACUGCUCUUAAUAUAUACAUGGAUCAUCUAUUUUAUGAAUAUUGUUUGAUACAUGUUUGUUCAGCCAGUGUAAUGUAUGUGUGUAAUAUGUUCACUCUGUACUAGAUACGUUAGAACGACAAUAUUAACUUUAGGAGUAUACAAAAUUGUCUUUCAUUUACAUAUGUAUACAUCCCAGUAUAUUUCUAUCAGUAAAUGUAAUUUAUUUGAUAUGCUUUUUCAGUGACGUUACAACUGUUGUCAUGAACAGCUGUUUGGUUGGAAUCAGUAUUGAAACAUGGACCAGGAAAUCUUUUUUAAACAGACAUGUUCACUGAAGUUUAUUGUCACAAUAUCUUCUUUGUUUUCCAUUUGUAAUUGCUAAUUGAAUAAACACAUUUGUUACUUCUAA